AUGGGGUCUAGGAGGACAGUCCCCGAUUUUUAUCGUGGAGGCUCGCCUUCGACACCUUACUAUACAGCUCAUCCAUCUCCGGCGGCCACUCCGGAGCCUCACUCUGAUGAUGAGCAGCAGCCAAUAGCAGCUACGCUAGGACACUCUCGUCCGCCUUCACCAGCACCAACCGCAGACUUUAGCAUGAUCUCACCUCCAAGCAGUCCUUCCUAUAUUCAAUAUCAUUCCCAGUUCCUUUCAGCACAGCAAGGGCGAAACACCCUUCCUUUCUUCCGGACAUCUCCAACCCGCACUUCUACCCAUUUACGAAGUCACAGCAUAGCCUCUGGAGGCAGUACAAAACGCCGUGUACGUCCCAAUAUCACAAAGCUUUGGGAAAGCAUCUCUUCUCCAUCUCCUCGAGGCAGCAAGUCCUCGCCUAUACUCAAACAUCCAUCGCCAAUCCACAGGCACUUUCCUAGGUCAUCCCCUAAUAUCUUGCGCGCAAAGCGCAAGACCAAACGUCCUUCAGUAUCAGGCGUCUUCUAUUGUGGAUCCAGGGUUCAGGGUAAUACCAAUGGGGAUGUCCACGUAGACUACGGUGCAUUAGACCCACUUGACGGUGAAGAAGGUGAACUCGUAGAUCACGAAGGUUAUUUUGAUGCAAUUCAAUGCGAUCUCACAGAACUCAUCCUACACAUUUUCUCCCUCCUUCCGAUGCGUUCAGUCUUAGCCUGUAUGCUCGUAUCUCACUCUUUCUACACACUAGCCAAAGACACAAGUGUCUGGCUCGGAGUGUGGAAAGGAAGGGAAGAUGAAGGUGUAUAUGGAUUCUCGCUUCUGGAGGACUCCGAAGAUGUGGAGGGAGAUGGGCCUAGUGGCUGGGCUGUAGAUUGGGAUCGAGUCAAGGCAUUGCGGCACAGCCGACGCUCCAGGGGCAUUUUUAUAGACGAAGGAAUUAAUGCUAACCGACCAUCGAUUUACAUCCCUUAUGCGGAUCCGAUCUUAAGAAGAGGCACGAAUUUAGGACCUCUCCGGCUUAACUGGCACACCCUCUACCGCUCUCGUGCCACGCUCGAAAGGCGAUGGCGAGAUCCGCGCGGUGAGCCACGGGUGAUGCGGAUUGAGGGGCACGGUGACAGCGUCUACUGCCUCGACUUUGACUCGCGACGAAUCAUCACAGGAUCUAGGGACAGGACCAUCAAAGUAUGGUGUAUUCGCACUGGCGAGUGUCUUGCGACGUUCGAGGCUCAUUUGGGGAGUGUGCUUUGUUUGAAGUUUGAAAAGGACUUUGAUGCGAAGCGAUCUUACUCGCGCCGGUCUUUUUCUCGCGGGCCUAUUAAUAGUGAGGAAGAGGAGGGUGGUGCCAACGAGGAUGCGAAUGAGGGGGAAGAGGAGGAAUCGCACGGAAUGAUGGUAUCCGGUUCUUCUGAUUGCACAGUACGCGUCUGGGACCUAUACUCAAAGCAUCGUGGUUCGGGAAUACGGGCUGAUGUGCGUGCGAUUCUGCGUGGCCAUUCUGGAGGCGUGUUGGAUUUGAGGAUGGAUGAGAAUUGGAUCGUUAGCUGCUCCAAAGACGCACUGAUCAACGUCUACUCCCGAUCUACGCUCACUUUGCAUGCUGUCCUACGAGGCCACGAAGGACCCGUGAACGCCAUCGGGCUCGAAGGCGGGAGAGUAGUGAGUGCCAGUGGGGAUGGUCGAAUGAUGUUGUGGGAUGCUGCUAGUGGGAGAUGUGAACGGGUGUUUGAGGGGCAUGAGAGGGGGUUGGCUUGUAUUGAGUUCAAGGACGACCUAAUCCUGAGCGGUUCAAACGACUGCACUAUCAAGCUCUGGCGCGCAUCUACAGGAGAGUGUCUGCACACUUUUGCUGGUCAUACGUUGUUGGUCCGCGCGUUGUGUUUUGAUCCGAAGACUGGGUAUGUGGUUAGUGCGAGCUAUGAUAGGAGCGUUAGGGUUUGGGAGUGGAGGGAACCUGCUAGAGGUGUUGGGAAGUUGGUGAGAGAGUUUAGGGAUUUGCAUGCGAGUCAUAUUUUUGAUGUUAAGUUUGAUGUGGGGAGGAUUGUUAGCACUUCGCAUGACCAGAAGAUUGUUGUUUUGGAUUUCACAGACGGCAUCGAAGGCUCUGAAAUCUUUGUGUGA